AUGUCGACACCCACUACCACUGACGAGGAUCUUGAUAAAUUCUUCUCUCAAUCAGAAAAACACCUAGAGAUCGAAAGAGUUCUUGCUUGUUUCAAGUUGGAUCCAUUCGCAAUCCUGGAGCUACCCUAUACCAAACCCGAUGCCAAAGCAAUCAAAAUGGCAUAUCGCAAAAAGAGUUUGAUGAUCCAUCCCGACAAGGUCCAGCACGAGCAUGCGCAAGAUGCCUUUGCUCUCUUGAAGAAGGCCGAAUCCGAAUUAUCAGACGAAAACCGCAUCAAAUUCCUAUUGACAGUGAUUGAAGAAGCUCGUGUGGAGGUGCUGCGUGAUAACGGAUACAAGGUCAAGACAGAGAUCAAGGUAAAUGCUCCCGUCAUGACAGACGAUCCCGAGGGCGGAGCUCCCCAACUCAAAGCAUCAUUGGAUUCCAUUGCUAUCCUGGACGAGAGAGAAUACCCUUACUUACAGACAGCUCAAGGCCAGGCACAAGUAAAGGAAAAGAUGAAGGAGAUCCUGAUUGAAAUGGAGCUUCGAAAACGUCGUCAGAUGAAGAAGGAAAUGGAGGCAGAGGGUGCCGAAAAGAGAAAGGCUGAACAAAUGGUCAAUGAAAGAAAGCGAAAGGCUGAAGAUGCAAAGCAAUGGGAAGCUUCUCGAGAUACUCGCGUAAGUAGUUGGCGCGAUUUCCAAAAGAAAGGUGGUAAAAAGGUCAAAAAGAUUAGAAAAUCUGGAUUGUAA